AUGAAUUUAUUGGUCAUUUUUAUUUUUGCAUUUGAUGCUAUCUGGAAAAAUUUUCUAAAAACUGAAUCUCAAAGCUUUCGGAAUUUUAUUUUAUGGAGUACGAUAUUUGCGAUUUCGUGGACUGCAUCUACUUUUGGAUUGAAUCGAUAUGGCCCUUUAGAAUUGUGUAAUCUUUUGAUAAUUUUCAAAUUGGAGAAUGAUUCUGUUUUGUACCAGACUUUUUUCUCAGCACUUUUGCUUAUAGGUGCACAUAGUGGAGGAAUAUUAAACUCUAUAUUACUUUCAAUAAAACAAUUCUGUGAUAUGGAUCUCGAUGAUGAAAUUAUCGACAUUGAAAAGAAUGACGACCUUACCAUUCUGGACAAAAGCAUUGCUAAUUUUAAUUAUUCGAAUAACACUAACAUUGAAAAUGAAAAUGAAAAUAGUGAUAUUAAUUUGCUUCUUACUUCAACGAAAUCAUAUGGAACCAUGCGUGAUUAA